AUGGACUCAUCGUACUUCAAUACCCCUUCAAGACGAAAUCACGACCUUCCAAAGCCAGAAACCGGUCUCGCCGAAUGGACAAGCAAGAUCAAGGCCUUGCAACGGCAGGUGGAUGCAGACGAAGAAGAUGAGCAGAAGAAACUCGAAGAAGAAAUCGCUGCCGCAAGACAAGCACGUCAACGACGCAGUCGUGGUAUGGGCGCAGGGAGUCGCAUCGAUAGCUUGGAUAUAUCUGAUAAAAAGGAAGAACUAAAGAAACUCUCAAACUCCAACGAUACUUCAGCUAACGAUACUCCCAAGUCUGUACCGGAACGGCAAGAUGACCACGACACAGCAUUGCGCAAGCUUAUGGGCAGAAACAACGUGUAUAAUCCAGACAGGGUUGGCUUACCUGCUGCUGGAGUCAAGUUGGACUCUAUUCCCCUGGCUGCUAUGAUUGGAGGUCGUGCCACUGGCCCUCGAUUGCAGAAGCACGCGCCGCAACAAGAUGCCCACGAUCCAACACAAUUUCUGCAACCAGAUCUCAAGGCCCCGCAUCCCGUAUUUGGCUCCGGAGGAGUGGCGAUGCCUGGUAUGGUGACACGCAGAGAGGUCUCCAAAAGCCCUACCCCCAUCGUCGGAUCAGAGAGUUCAGAGCGAUAUCGACCGUCCUCUGCGGCCAAACCUAUAUCACCUUCGCCAUCGCGAGAAAAUAUCUGCGAAGUUUUCAAGGAGGAUAAGCGCGACAUUCGUAGGCGUUCUUUCACCGGAACACCUAAAUCUCCAUCGCCAAGUAUAGCACAAAGAUAUGCUGACAAGUUCGAAAGUCCAACCGCAGUGCCCCCAGCUCUAGAUAGGAAUCCAUCCAAUUCGAAAUCCACGUCUCCUCUGCCGACCUACUUGAAGAAGCAGGAAUCCACCGAGCCAUCCCCUAAGAAAUCAACGGACUACUAUCUCUCGAACUUCAAUACUAUUGGUGCCACCCCUAAAUCGACUUCCCCGCUUCCGACAUACUUGAAGAAGGAGGAUCAAGCCUCCCAAAGUGCAGCAGACUCCCCAUCUCCUGAGCCGGUUAGCAACCAUCGCACGAAUAUCAAUGCCUUCAGCCCCGCUCCCAACCCAACGUCCCCCUUACCCACAUACACCACAUAUACGAAGGAGGAAGCGGUCGUCCGUGCAACUGAUCUGUCGCCCUCGAGAACAGAAAAGACUCAAACCGCUAAGCCGGCCACAAACUUUAAUGGGACUGGCAUACCUCUCCAGUCUUCCUCCAGUGCUGUCAAGAGCACCAAUGGACCGCAUUCCAACAUUGAUACACCUCUCCGUCGGCUUAUGGAGGCAAAUAAAGUAUACAACCCUGACAAAAUAGCUCCGGAUUCUCCUCGGAAGACGGUCGCUGAAAGGACGCAAACUGUAUCCCUUGCCGCAUUUAUGGGUGGUUCUGGAAAAGGCGUCCGCCUUAAGAAGCAUGCGCCACAAGUGGAUGCGCACGAUCCGACCCAGUUCAUCCAGCCAGACCUCAGUGCCCCCCAUCCAAUUUUCGGAAAGGGGGGUAUAGCAAUGCCCGGAAUGGUCAAGAGUCCAACCUUUCAGCAAAGCUCCUCGAGCACUGAGAAGACUGAACGUCCGACAACGAAGUCAACUUGGCUUCCUGUUACUCAAAGUGAGAAGAAGGCCGAGGAGAGACCUGGGUCUCCUCACAAAACUGGAAAUCGUGAGCGAGCUCUCAGCGCCCCUCGUUCUGAUGCACAAGUGACGUUCAAUACUUCGGACAGUCUAGGCGACUGGUCGUCUCCUCGUAGGGCUGGUUCUCCAGUCAAACCCGCCUUCAGUGCCACUCCUGUUCAAGACCGCACGAUAUCUGUCCCAUCCUAUUCUCAUUCUUCAGCAUCGCGAGCUUCCUUCACUGCCUCUUCUUUAUCUCGAACUAUUCUCCCAGAACCCAAAGCUUCAUCUCUUUCUCCACAGAUACCAGGAGUAGCCCCGUCUCCUGCAUUUCAGAAACCUCCACCAGCAAAAGAGUUGACCCCUAGUCUCAGCAGGCUUCAAGGCCGUGGAUUUGUGCAAAAUGCUGUUAGCAAAGUCGGCGCACAGUUGGAAGCACCUCCGUCACCCAUUCCUAUUUCCGCGCCACGACCUGUCAGCGUUGGUGGAAAAAAGGGUUCUGUACUUGAUCGGUGGCAACCCAAUGUGCAACCUAGCUCUCCUACUAAGUCAACACCUACGACCCCUUCACAUGUUAUGAGAAGAUCCGCAACGCAAGAUCCUACAAUGGCUCCGAAGUCAGGUCAGGUUUCGACAUCAUUUUCCGUUAGCGCAGGUCCACAUGCCCUGAAGUCUGUCUCAUCAUUACCAUCUCUUACAAGUUCAGCAUCAGCAACUCGUCCAGAAUCUAUACUCGAACCUCCUCCAAAUGUAGUCAAAGACCCAUACCCAAGAUCAAGGACUCCUGGCCUUGGUUCUGCUACCACCAUGGUCCUCAUCAAACCGAGCAAAUCCUCCAGUGAUUUGGCUCACCUUGCCCACGUUGAUGAACUCGGAAUGAAACCUCAUUCUGAGCGCGCAAUCCAAAUGGAUACCAGCCGCUUUUCUCGUCCUGCGCAUUUGCCACCCCCAAGGAAGCCCUUGAUCCAUCCAACGAAGAACAGAGCUCGGAAACCUAAAAAGCACCAUACUGUCCACGAAACAUUCGGCAGCCACCCAGCACCCCCUCCAGAGCUUCAGGCAUCCCGCCGACCACUAACGCCUCACGAACAGCGUCCUCAGGAUGUUCAUCGCUUAGAUGUCGACGACCUUCCCUCUGUCGGAAGCCCAGGACCUCUGUCGCCUACGAAGGGACAACAUUCGGAGUGGAAGGCAGAUUCACACCAGUCGAAGGAUCGUAAUUCGUUGACAAUUCAAUCUGUUAGUAGUGUGGGCGUAUUUCACCCACCCUCUCCGUCUUCCAGGUCCCCGGUCGUCUCAAGGCCGCCUGAUCCCAUUACCCCUCGGGAUGUGACAAGCUCUUCACCGCCACUGACGCCUUCUCCUGUCAAGGACAGACCUACCGUGCUGCCCUCACCUGGAAGACAUGUCCGCAUUCCGAGUACAGGAAGCCGUCCCACCGUCAUGGAGCUUGCACAAACUCUCAUGGAAAAUCCGCCCGAAGGACCUCAUGCCCCACUAUCAUCGCCUGAUGUCUUGCCUCCAUCAUCGGAAGAGACAUCCGUUCCUGCAGAACCUCUUCUAAGGCCUCGACCAAACGCUUUGUCUCAAAUUCAGGCUGAGAAGCGUAAAUCGAGCUAUGAAAAAUAUUCUGCCAUAAUAAUGCCGCCUUUGAAAGAAGAGGCUACACCGACGCCAUCACCCGCUGGGACUUUGGCUAGGACAGCUGUUCGUGAAGGAGAGAUACUGCCGAAUGAGCAUUCCGUUACCGCUGCCAUCCAAACGAUAGACAUCGAAACGUCGGAGCGUCCUCUCCCGGAAAUAGUCAAGAAAUAUGUGACUUUGGAUUCGACGCCGAGCACACCACUACCGCCUAUUGAUGUUGUCCAAGUCUUGAAAUCACGCCCGAAGCCAACAAGCCAACCUCCAGACCUCCAGACGAUAUCUGUUGAUGUGCUAGCAAUAGUUGCCAACAGUGCCACCCCUCUCUCACGGCAUCUCGGUGUUUUCUAUGAAUCAGAGAUUUUAGCCAUAAUUCACCGGGUCAAAUCGAAAGCGAGUGGUUUGGCGUCCACCUCUGUCUGGUGCUGGUUGGGAAGACAAACGCGUUUGGCUGAGCGGGAAGAAAGGAAACUCUAUGAAGUCGCCAAACGUUACGGAACCACUGCUAAAAUCGUCCACCAACUCGCUGAACCUCCGGAACUCAUUGAGAUACUAGGCGGGACUCUUGCUAUUCGCCAAGGUACACGGGCACACUGGACACCUGAAAAUACGACCAUGCAUCUUGUCAGGUCGCUGAAUGGCUUGAUUCUGAUUGACGAACUUGAUCUGAAUGUCAAAAACCUGUGUUCAGCUUUCAGUUUUUGUAUUACCAUCUUGGAUUCGGUCUAUGUGUGGCACGGCCGUGGUUCCUCUGCCCAAGAGAGGAAGGCAGCUUUCCAAUAUGCAAAUGCACUACUAGACAACAAAGGAUUUCCAAUUGAACUUGUCGAGGGAGAGAAUGACGCUGACGAGAUGUUUUGGAUGAUAAUGGGGGAGACGGAGUUCGCAGCAGCUGACUAUUGGAGAUGGAGAAAGAUGUCCUUUUAUAUUGAUCCAUUCGUUUGGAGGGUUGAUAUCAAGAGCAUGGGCCAGCCUGUUUCUCCGGUUCAGUUUAUAUCCAUGGAGCAGGAUCUUCAGCAGAAGGUCUAUAUCGUACAUUGCAUCUGGGAAUUGUUCAUCGUUGUUGGAAAGAACGCCCGAAGUGAUAGGUCUACCAUUCGAUUCGCCUUGGAAGUUGCAAUGAAAAUGUCAACAGUAGAGGCUUCCUGUAAACCUUAUAAUCCGACAGUCCAUGUCCUCAUCCUCCCUUCCCGACUUCCUUUGGAUCUUCAACAGGGUGUCCGUGAUCUCGACGAAGCUUGGUUGAACGAAGGAGAAAUUCCAGAUCAUAUGAAUCUCUUGCCCGCGUCUGAGGCUCUCACCCAGCUUGGAACACGUUUAUGGCCGAGGGCGACCGUGCAAGACCACGAUAUGCUACCUCUUGGUAUUGGCGCCUCUGAUCUUACUUGA